AUGUCAAGGAUAUCGACAAUUCAGCUGACCGAAACAGACGAGUCCGGCGAGGUUGUUGCAACGUACGUCCAGACAAACACUGCGAAACGUGACAUCACGAGGGUAGACAGAAUCGUACCUAGGAGUUCCCAGGGACUACUGAAGACACUGCUCGAUGCUUUUCUGCCAGCCGGAUAUCCUCAUUCCGUGACUGAAGACUAUCUGUCAUAUCAAAUCUACGACUCGCUUCAAGCUUUUUUCAGUUCGAUAGCUGGUCUCCUUGCUUCCAGGGCUGUGCUCGAAGGCGUUGGCGUGGGCGAUGCUUCAGCAUCCGCUACCAGUGCGCUCUUACUCUCCAUACUGCAAGAAACUAUGGGCAGAAUCGCGACGAUAAUCUUUGCUUCGCGGCUAGGAACCUCGCUGGAGCCAGAAUGUAAACUUUACCGGCUGUUGGCUGACAUACUCAAUGAUGCUGCCAUGAUUCUGGACUGCUUAUCACCAGCUUUUCCGAAACCGUUACGAGUCCUGAUACUGGCGGCCGGCAGCGUCUUGAGAUCGUUGUGCGGUGUUGCUGCUGGAAGUUCCAAAGCAAGUCUCAGUGCUCACUUUGCUCGAUGGGGAAAUCUGGGAGAGCUCAAUGCUGUAAAUUCAAGUCAAGAAACUGUAAUUUCACUGGUUGGAAUGUUGCUAGGCUGUGUGGUUGUGAAGGUGGUCCACACGCCAUUGGCAACGUGGACUACAUUGCUGCUGCUGUUGACAUUGCACCUUGCGACAAACUAUAUGGCGGUCAGAUCGGUCUGCAUGCGUACCCUGAACCGCCAACGCGCCAACAUCGUCUUUGCAUAUCUGCACGAGCACGAUCGCGUCUUGGACCCUAAGCAAGUUUCGGCCAAGGAGCGAAUCUUCGAGCAUGAUGGGAUUUUGCGCAAUGCAAACGACAAGUGCUUGGGCUACUGCAAGAUAGGAGUCCCCGCUUCUGAACUGUUGAAGCGUUUGGGAAAGACCGACAGGCUGACUAAAGCAACUAACCUCCCGGACGGGCGGCUACUGCAGCUGUUGGAUCUGUUUGAAAUGGAGAGCUACAUCGUCUACAUGGAACAUCCGUCAGACGUGGCCUGCAUCCUGUUGAAGAAGGGUAGCGACACUGCAGUUCAGUUGAAGGCCUGGUAUCAUGCCCUGCUUCUCGUGCGGCACAUCGAACAGGGUUUCGAAGGUGAGAGGGAUUCCAUGGAUGCAGUUAGACGCACGCUUGUGGCUGUCAGGACGGACUGGGAAAAGGUCCAAGCAAGGCUUGCUGAAGCAGGCUGGGAUUUGGGAACGGCAGCGCUGGAGACAACUUCGGGCUCGAGAGUCAGCAUUCAAAGGUGA